CACUCGCUGUGCUGAUAGCGAUUGAGCUGCUACCGCGAGCAUUUAUCGCCUCGCCAAGAUGUGUCGUAAAUCGCCCAUUGCGCCACAGUGAUAACACAAACACACUGAGCGAAAGCCACCUAAAGCUUCUGCCACCAGUCGCGACGCGUUCGUCGCCGAGUUCACAACUCAGACAAAAAACUCUUCCGUUGCCAUGGGCAAGACCUUUGUGGCACUGGGCAUCGCCUGGCUGAGUGCUCUUUGCCUGCUGCCGGUGGCCACGCAUUGCGACAGUGAUUCGUACUACGAAAAGUAUUAUGCCGCACGCCGUUUCGUGCCCCUCAAACGCAAUGCGCCACUCGCGUUCAACAUCACGCUCACCAUACUGCCCGAGGAUCAACUCGCUGCCCACGAGCGUCCCGCUCUAGUUGGUAAUCUGGCAGCUCUUGGCGAAUGGCAGGCGAAUCGUGCCGUACUCCUCAAUCGCACCGAGUUGCUCAAUGUGUGGCAAGGAACGCUGCUGUUGCCGCAGAACAGCAGCGUCGAGUAUCGUUACUUUGUCGGCGCCGUGGCGCGUUCGGGUGGCGUGCAAAUCCGCCGUUGGGAAUCGCAUGUGCAUCCUCGUAGCUUCAACACCACAAAGUACGCAGUGAAUCGCACCGACGUGCUCAGCAUCAUCGAUGGCGAGCGGCAGUUGACACGCGGCUGGCUACAGAAAGCUGGCAGCAUUGUGCAGCUUAAGGUGUUCCGCGAGGCGUUGCAGCUGGAGGAAUCAACGCUGCCCGAGGACGCUCAUCUGCGACUGCGAGUGCAGCCCGUGCAUCCAGAGAAUCUGUCGCCCAUACUCAGCUCUGCCACUGCCAAUGUGGAGUACGUUCGUCUUGUCUACAGCGAUAGCAAGUUGCGAUCGCAGCCUGAGUUUGGCGUGCGCUACGAUCAGUCGAAGGAUCUGCUCAUGUUUCAUAUUGCAGUCGAUCAGCUGUCACAAGUCGCCUACCAACUGCAGAUCUACGGCGAGCAGCAGGACACCGUGCGUCUCUUAGGCACAGCUCAAUUGCAGCCGCAAGCUUUGGCAGGCAGCGAAGGCAACUUGACGCUGCCGCUGCUGUCGCCGCUGUGGCAACGCGUUGUGGGUGCACUGCAACUGGAGUAUUUGGUGGUGCAACCGAUGGUCAAUGGCAGCUCGGACUUUCGCACCAGCUUUGUGAACUAUUGGCGCCACAACUGGACAGAGCUGGAGAUCGGUCAUCGUGGUCUGGGCAAAAGUUUAUCCCUAACAGCCACAACAGCUGCGCCCCUGAUUGAGAACACACUGGCCACGAUGCAGGCGGCGGGACAAUUAGGUGCCGAUAUGGUCGAGUUCGAUGUGCAAUUGACCAGCGAUCUGGUGCCCAUCAUACAUCAUGAUUACUCCAUACGGGUGUGCAUCGAUUCGAAGACUCCCACGACUGCCAACGAUCUGACCGAAGUGCUGAUCAAGGACAUCACGUACGAGCAGCUGAAGCAGCUGAAGACCUAUCAGGUGGUUAACAACAAGAUCAUCGAGUAUCCCGCCCACGACAAUGUGGAGCAAGUUGAGCAACGACUCUUUCCCACACUUCAAGACUUCUUCGAGAACGUCAACUUAACUGUGGGCUUUGAUAUUGAGAUCAAGUGGCCGCAACUCAAAUCGAACGGAGUGUACGAGAGCGAGCAGACGAUCGACAAGAAUCUGUUUGUCGAUCGCAUAUUGCAGGUGGUGGAACGUUAUGGCUGUGGUCGGCUGAACAUCAUCAAGAGCUUCGAUGCGGAUCUGUGCACGCUGCUGCGCUUCAAGCAGAAUAUGUAUCCAGUACUGUUCCUCACCAGCAGCGUGGAGAAUCCGUUCGUCGAUCCACGCACCAGCACCGUGGAGCAGAGCAUUAACUUUGCCCAGGCCUUCGAUCUGGCGGGAAUUGUGCCCAAUGCAGUGUUCAUCAAGGCUGAUCCAUCGCUGGUGCAACGCGCUAAGUCGCAGGUACCGCUGAUGCUGCUCUGGGGAUCGGACCUCAAGGAUCGCACUUCGAUCGAUUGGUUCAUUCAGCAGGGACCCAACGGCGUGGUCUACGAUCGCAUGGAUCUUUGGCUGCCGGCGAACAAGACGAGCGCCUUUGAGGUGGAAGACGAUCUGCCCGAAUUCUUUCAGCUGCAGUGUGCGUCCGCUGGCAAACAGCGCAUUCACAAUGCGACCAUCGAGAGUAUCCUGAGUAAUGUCAACUUGCUGUAGUUCACUCUGUAGAUUUAUUGAGAGCAAUAAAAAUGUGCACUAGAAA